AUGCAAUUUAAACUCGCCUUCGUCACCGCCGCUCUCGCUACUCUUGCGGUCGCCACACCGACUCCUCGAAAUGAGCCGGCAAGCAGCUGCUCUACUGGACCUAUCCAGUGCUGUGACAGCGUUCAGUCUGCCUCUAGCAGCCCUGUCGCGAUUCUUCUUGGCCUCCUCGGCAUUGUUCUCCAGGAUGUGAACGUGAACGUCGGUCUUACCUGCUCUCCCAUCACUGUCAUCGGUGCUUCCGGCAGCAGCUGCUCUGCACAGGCCGUCUGCUGUGAGGAUAACAGUCACGGUGGACUCAUCUCCAUCGGCUGUCUUCCCGUCUCUCUCUGA